ACAAGAUUCAGCAAAUCCGUUUUCUGAAACAUGCGAUUCAUAUGUGGUGCGAAUAUUGGCCCGUCAAUUGCUACUGCUAACUGUAAAAUGUACUAGUUCUGCGAAACAAGAAAACCAAGUUAGAAACUGUAAUUAAUUUCGUCGUUGCAACGGUCGCUGUUAUAUAUACCAGUCGCCUCUUGGCUCUGAAACGCACUCGCACCCACACAUCACAUGCAUGCGAACACGAUGGAGCUCACGCCUUUGCUCGCCGUCGUGCUCCUCCUGCCGCCGGCGCUCGCGGUGGCGCACAUGGCAUGGACGGCCGCCUCCCGCCGCCGCCACACGCGGUGCUACCUCUUGGACUACGUCUGCUACAAGCCGGAGGAUGACCGCACGCUGACGGCGGAGCUCGCCGGCGAGAUUGUCCAGCGCAACGAGCGGCUCGGGAUGGCGGAGUUCCGCUUCCUCCUCCGCCUCAUCUCCCGCGCGGGACUUGGCGACCGGACCUACGUGCCGCGGAACCUCCUCGACGGCCGCGAGGAGCUCGCCGCGGGGCAGCUUCACGCGGUCGACGAGAUGGACGCCUGCUUCGACGGCGCCGUUCCGGAGCUCCUCGCCAGGACGGGGCUCCGCGCCCGCGACGUUGACGUGCUCGUCGUCAACGUCAGCGGCUUCUUCCCGGAGCCCUGCCUCGCGUCCAGGGUGGUGCGCCGGUACGGCAUGCGCGAGGACGUCGCGGCGUACAACCUCUCCGGGAUGGGGUGCAGCGCCACGCUGGUCGCGGUGGACGUCGCCCGGAACGCCAUGCGCGCGCGGUCGCCGCGGCCCGUGAUGGCGCUGGUGGUCUCGACGGAGUCGCUGGCGCCGCACUGGUACGCCGGGAAGGACAGGACCAUGAUGCUGGGGCAGUGCCUCUUCCGGUGCGGCGGGGCGGCCGUGCUGCUCAGCAGCGACCCGGCCCACCGCGGCCGCGCCAAGAUGGAGCUCCGCCGCCUUGUGCGCUCCACCACCGCGGCCAGCGACGACGCCUACUCCUGCAUCAUGCAGCGCGAGGACGACGAUGGCCUCCGCGGGGUCAGCAUCAGCAAGGCCCUCCCCAAGGCCGCGCUCCGCGCGUUCGCCGCCAACCUGCAGCGCCUCCUGCCGCGCGUCCUCCCGGCCAUGGAGAUCGCCCGGCUCGCCGCCGACCUGGCAUGGCAGAAUCUGUUGCAGCGCCGCCGCCACCGAGGGCAGACCAAGCUGAAGAUCAACCUCAAGGCAGGGGUGGACCACAUCUGCCUCCACGCCGGCGGGGUGGCGGUGAUCGACGCGGUGAAGAAGAGUUUCGGGCUGGAGGAGCGAGACGUCGAGCCGUCGAGGAUGACGUUGCACAGGUGGGGGAACACGUCGGCGAGCAGCGUGUGGUACGUGCUGUCGUACAUGGAGGCGAAGGGGAGGUUGAGGCGAGGCGACAAGGUGCUGAUGGUGACGUUCGGGUCGGGGUUCAAGUGCAACAGCUGCGUGUGGGAGGUGACCGGCGACAUGGCCGACAAGGGCGCGUGGGCCGACUGCAUCGACGCGUACCCACCGGAGAGCAAGCCCAGCCCGUUCUUGGAGAAGUUCGCUUGGGUCAACGAUGAAGUCGCCGAUGAAUCCUCCUCGCCGUUCUAGAGGACGGGAUCACGCGACACGCAUUGGCAGUAGGAGACUAGGAGUAAAUAAAGCGCAACCCGCCUCGAGUAUAAUUUUGCUAUAACAAAUAGUAUAUUCCUAAAGAAUAACGUGGAUUUCUUGACGACAGAUGUAGGUGUUAUAAAAUCUAUUUUAACGUGGAUGAUUUAAGAUGUAAGUAAAAAGCUCAGUACAGAAGGAAGCUUACGCCGGAAGAAAACUUACAUAGAAAAUAACUUAUCGCGGAAGGAAGCUUGCAGUGUGAGCAAUCUUACAAGAGAAGCGCUUUGAGGCAGAAACAAGCUUGCCGUGAAAGCCAGCUUGCAGGAGAAGUAAGCAUACGACACAAACCAGCUUAUGGUGGAAGCCUCUAACUUUCUCUGCCUAUAAAUAAAACCCAAGAGGUCUAAGACGAUGACGACCUGUUAAUGUAAAAUUUUUCACCGCCAAACGAAGCCAAGGAAUAUUUGCAUUACUUCAGUGUAGGUCUUAAAAUUUAGAUUCAAGGCGUGCCAACUGGUUUGAUCCUGCAACCAACCAGAAAGACAACAUUGACAAUAGUCCAUUGGUUGAUGGGCCGAUGUUGUAUCAUAUUAAUUCAGCUGAUGCAGGGAUUGAAUCGUCCAUAAGUUAUAGACGGUACAAGCGAAAUAGAUGUAACUUACCUUGUUAUUGGAGAUUGAAAUCAACAAAUGCAGUCCAACUCGUAAAGAUGAAAAUCUAGAAAAGUAGAGGGGACGAUGCCGAUCCUUUUCACGCCGAUACAUAUUUCUAUUUUAGUUGUACAUGGGAAACUAGCAAUCGAUGAACUUUUAUAUUUCUCUGCAGUACUAAGGUUGUGUUUAAUUCCUGAAAUUUGGAAGAAGUUUAGGGAAAGUUGGUAGUUUGGAAAAAAAAAGUUAGGAGUUUAUGUGAGUAGGAAAGUUUUGAAUGUAAUGUGAUGUGAUGGAAAGUUAGGAGUUUGGGGAAGUUUGGUAUGAACUAAACAAGGCCUAAUAUAAUAGGGAGGAGAGAAGAAUAAGAAAAAAAAUGAUAAAUCAAUAGGAUUAAAUCAUUCUCUAGUUUUUAACUGACGGGCAGAUUUCUCCACCAACGGCCAUG